ACAUGUAUCCACCCUUUCACUUAGAGGUCGUGGGACUCCUCAAAGAUUCAAGAUUUCAUACAGUCUUAUUGGCUGUACAGGAGCUGAAACGGACAUAUCCUUCCCAUAUGGCUGAGCCAGUCAUAUGCCCACUUCUGGAAUUUGCCUGGGAUAUGUACUUAACUCAGAAAAAGAAGGAGCUCAAAGGUGACAUGUGGGGCUUCUCCUCCCAUGUCAUGUGCUUUAUCAAUGGCCAGCUUAUUGGAGAUGAGAAAGAUUUCCUCAAGUGGGCAGAAAAUGAAUUUGGCUACGUAGAUUUCAGACCGAAAGCUCUGUAUGAUGCUAUAGCUGAAGAUUUUUAUUCUGAUUACCUAAAGGACAUUCAGCACACAUUUGUUUACAUGGACAUUUCCGUUGAUCAGAAACCUAUUGGGAGAUUAUUAUUUGAGCUUUUUACAGAUGUCUGUCCAAAGACGUGCAGAAAUUUUGAGGCACUUUGCACAGGAGAGGUAGGUUUCUCACCUACAAACAUUCGGCUGUCUUACCAAGGAAGUAUAUUUCAUAGGCUGGUGAAGAGUACCUGGAUUCAAGGAGGAGACAUUUUCAAAGGUAGAGGAGAUGGUGGAAUAUCUAUUUAUGGAGAAACAUUUGAAGAUGAGACCUUUGCAAUCUCUCACUGCAAGAGAGGAAUUCUUGGGAUGGCUAACAAGGGACGGCAUACGAAUGGAAGCCAGUUCUAUAUCACACUGCAGCCAACUCUUUGGAUGAACACCAAGUUUGUGGCUUUUGGGCAACUGGUAGCAGGCACAGACGUUCUCGAUGAAUUGGAAUCAGUUUCCACAUAUAACGAGAGACCAACAGUGGAAUGUAAAAUCACAGAUUGUGGUCUCUAUUCUCCCUAAAUAUUGUUAUUCUUGUAGUUUGGCUAAAGUACUAUUCUAUGGUAUUCUGAUAAUCUAAAAUAACAUGGGUUUCCUGUCCAUUAUUUAUUAUCCUCAUAGUGACAUGCUUUCUUGCAUGACAUAAACAAUAUGGCAUCUUUAAUACUCUCCAGUAAAUUAUAUAUUAAUGAAAGUGAAGAUUGACAAUGCUAACAAAUUGGGGAAUGAGUUUCAUAAACUCCAUCAGAAAAAAAGCAAAAAACUUCCCCAAUCUGUGGCUGCAAAUUAUUGUUGCUGGUGUUUGCAUACUAAUCCUCUCUGUUUCCUAAUUUAACAAGCAAGAUCCCACAUCACAUCUCGGACAUAAAGCACUACCCACGCUGCCUCACACUGAGGCUCCCAUCUCAAACAAUUCCUCAAAGAAAGAUGGAGGUGAGCUGGGGUUUCACUCACCCUGAGCUGCUAUGAUAAUCUUCUGUUCAUUUUCAGAGGCCCAGUAGUUGAUCUGCGAGGUAUUGUUCUGGUCUGGGAAGUUAGGUGGUGAGAGAAAACUCAGAGAGGCCUGACAAGGUGAAUAUUGUACCUCUUUCGUAGAAAGACUUUUUUUUGAUUUAAGUUUUAUCUUAAGGACAUGUUAUUUAAGUAAUGAAACUACCACUGGCUUAUGUUGAGGGACAAUUGUGAUGCAUUAACAUUAAAAUAUAUUUGUGGAAUUACGCAGAUGUUGAAUAUUAAUGAAAAUAGGGACUUGCAUUUACAUUGUACCUUCCACCUCCAAACAUACAAAAUUUAAUUAAAGUCG